AUGCCGAGAGCUCAAAGGGAGAGCGGACACAAGGUGAAGGUGAUCCGCAGCAACAACGGGGGAGAGUUCAUUGGCGCUGAUUUUGAGGCGGUGCUGAAGAAGAAGGAAAUCCAAGAUCAGCUCACGGUGCCUUAUAACCCUCAGCAGAACGGCGUGGCUGAGCGGUUCAACCGGACCCUGCAGGAAGGUGCUUGCACUCUCCUUGGGCGUGCAAGGCUGUCGAAUCCGUUUUGGGUCACUGCACUGCGGCAGGUCGCUGUUGUGAAGCAGUGGAUCCCCUACACCAAGUGGUAUGGGAGUGCACCAGCAGUCAACAUGCUGAGAGCCUACGGCUGCAUGGUGGUGUUUCAUGUGCCGAAGGAGAAGAGGGGAAAGUUGGAGGCUUCUGGGAGAUUGGGUGUACAUUUGGGGCUUGCAAAGGAUCAUAAGGGCUGGUUGAUAUGGGACUUGACCAGCCAGCAGCUGACUGUGUCGAGGGAUGUGAAGUUCCUCGAGUCCUUGUACUACAAGGAGUGGAAGCAGCAGCAGCAGAAGCUUCCUACGACACCGCUGACCAUUGAGGCUGAUGAGGUGCAGCGGCCUUCGAGGCAGGUGGAGGUUUCUGUCUCUGACAAGGAGAACUCUGGAGUGGCUGAGGAUGGAGAAGAACCUGACGUGGAGGAGCAACAGUAG